AUGGAGGCAGUUGAGGCGGCCCCUUUUGAUAAACGUGAUUUAAUUAUAGUCGCUCUGUUCUCCAUCUUUUGCGGCUGCUUGAAAGAGUGUGCUGCCUACUUCUUCGUGUACCGCCGAGCAGACUACAAGAAAAAGUUCGCCGAGGUCUGUGACCGUUAUGAGGACUACCACCGUGCUUUCGUCGUCUUCGAGCCGCAGACGGCGCAGAACAAUUGUUUCCGAGCAGUCGCUAAUCGCCUUCUAGACGCAACGAGGGACCUGCGUAACCUACAGACAUUUUACACCUUCAUCACCAGCGUGAUCUUCAUGAUUCUAAUGUUGAUGGUGAUGAGCUAUUUCGAGGGCUGCGUGGUUGCCAAGCUUCCAUUCGAGCCGAUGUGGCCGCUUUCCCUGUUCACGCUGGGCGACACCAUGACCACGGAUCCCACCAACUGCUCGGCAACCUGCAUCUACACUUUGCUCUCUAUGGCGGUAAAGGAUGGGAUUCAAACGCUUUUGGGGUACGUGUUUUUAGUUUUUCAGCGUGACAUGCCUCGCAGCUACCGCUCUCCGAUGACCACCUUCUCCGAGAUGAGCGUGAAAUCGGGCGCUGAAAAGUCAGAAUCGAAGUAG